ACCGAAGUUAAGCUACUUUACAACACAUUUUUUUUACAAGACUUCUAUGCGUAUACAGUAGGCAACCAGUAUUACGCAGCGCAGACUGACAGCAUGUUCAUCUAACAGUGUGUCUUUGUUAUGUUGGUGUGCCUGAAUUUAAUAGAAGUUGUCAAAAAGGUUAUUUUCAUUUCAUUGAACAAAAUUGCAGUUUUUCACCCCAAAACUACAAUUUAUCAUCAAUCAUUUAUGUAAAACAGCAUGUUUUCACUGCAAAAUCAAAAUCAGGCAUUCGCAACGUUAUCGCAAUUUUCUGCUAAGGUAUCCACCAGACAUAAUGUGUAUUUGGGAAAAAAGUCCUCCCAGAAAUCCAAACAGGCAGCUAAUGUGCUUUGCUUAGACAGCUUCCUGGAAGCAGUAAAGAACUGUGAUUUCUCGUUUGCAAAACACCUCAAUACCAAAACUCUCUUCCAAAAUCAAUUCCUGAGGAACUUCAACGUGUCUUACGUCUCGAAUGAUACGUUUUUCGAAAACAAGCAUGGAUUCUCUGAGAGUGACCUGAAGUCCACUGUUCCAACUUUAGUAGUAAGAAACAAUAAAAAUCUGCACAUACCUCAAAACUUCUACCAGCAAGUAGUUUCCGGAUUGUUAACUGACAACAGAUGUACAAUCAAUAUCCAUCUGAGGGGCUUUAAGACUGAUAGGAGCAUUAAAGCUGAAAUUCAAAGGAAUCCGACUCUAGUUAGCCGAAUAAAAAAUGCAUUGGGAGUAUCAAGCAACCCUCCACCUAUUGAAAACAAGUAUACAGCCCCUGCUACAGCCAAUACUGAGAAGUUGAAGCAAAUGCUGAUUGCAGAUGAUACUUUGAAUGAGAGCGAGAAACAGAGAAUGAAAAUAGCAUUUGCUGAAGGAUAUUUGUUAGGUAACAAUGCUGGGUCUAAAACUGGAAGAACAACAAGGUACUUCAAGGUGUUCACGCAAGUUCUGACAGUGUUUGUUUUUCUUGCCAUUGUUGUUAGUUUGAUGGCCAGUACCAGUGGGUCUGUUUUUAGAAUUCAGCUGGGAAACCAGGUAGAGGUAGACCCGGAGGACAUACAUGUCACAUUUGAAGAUGUCAAAGGAGUUGAUGAGGCCAAACAGGAGCUGAAGGAUGUGGUUGAGUUCCUGAAGAGCCCUGAUAAAUUUUCAAACCUUGGAGGCAAACUACCCAAGGGAGUGUUGCUAGUUGGACCUCCAGGAACAGGUAAAACUUUGCUGGCCAGAGCUGUUGCUGGAGAAGCUGGAGUUCCAUUCUUUCACGCAGCUGGCCCAGAAUUUGAUGAAGUACUUGUGGGACAAGGCGCCAGGAGAGUGAGAGAUUUAUUCAAAGCGGCAAAGAAACGAGCUCCAUGCGUAAUUUUCAUCGACGAAAUUGACUCUGUAGGUUCAAAAAGAACCAACAGUGUUUUGCAUCCCUAUGCCAAUCAGACUAUCAACCAGUUGUUGAGUGAAAUGGAUGGUUUCCAUCAGAAUGAAGGAGUAAUAGUUCUAGGAGCUACUAACAGAAGAGAUGACUUGGACACGGCUCUAUUGCGACCUGGCAGAUUUGACGUCGAGGUAACCGUCCCUACCCCAGACUUCACCGGCAGAAAAGAGAUUCUCACCCUAUACCUGAGCAAAAUCCUGGCAAAGGACAUAGAUCUGGACCAGCUCGCCAGAGGUACCACAGGUUUCACAGGCGCUGAUCUGGAGAACAUGGUGAACCAAGCCGCAUUGAGGGCAGCCAUAGAUGGCGCUGAUUCCGUAUCCAUGAAGUACCUGGAGUCCGCCAGGGACAAGGUGCUGAUGGGGCCAGAGAGGAAGUCGCGCAUUCCAGACGAAGAGGCUAAUCUUAUCACGGCUUAUCACGAGGGCGGACAUGCUAUUGUUGCUUAUUAUACGAAAGAGAGCCAUCCUUUGCAUAAGGUUACCAUAAUUCCUAGAGGUCCCAGCUUAGGCCACACUGCAUAUCUACCCGAAAAGGAACCUUAUCACGUGACAAAGGCCCAGUUGCUUGCCAUGAUGGACACCAUGAUGGGCGGUAGAGCUGCAGAGGAGUUGAUUUUUGGUCCAGAAAAAAUCACAUCAGGUGCAAGCUCUGAUUUGAAGCAGGCAACUUCAAUAGCCACUCAUAUGGUAAAAGAUUGGGGGAUGUCAGAGAAAUUGGGGCUUAGGACAAUGGCGGAUAAUCCUAAAAGCUUUCACGGUGAAACUCUGGGCCCAUCUACCAGCGAAAUGGUUGAUACUGAAAUAAAGAGAAUACUCACAGAGAGCUAUGAGAGGGCAAGACAAAUUCUGAAGCUCCAUGCAAAGGAGCACAAAGCAUUAGCCGAAGCUUUAAUGAAAUAUGAAACGUUGGAUGCGGAAGACAUCAAGGCCAUUAUGGCAGACAAACUGUCAGAGAAGAGAAAACAUUGA